UUCGGUACGGUACAGAGCAUUUCGCUCCUGCUUAGUGUUCACAGUGCUAGUCCAACCACGGUGGUGCGCUGACGUUGGUACGCUGACGGUGAUUAAAAUAAAAUAGUUCGCUGUUUGUAAACAAAAGAUCUUACAAAAAGACAGUAAAUUGUAAAUAACGUGCAAAUAGUAAAUUCGUGUGGUAAAGACGUUUGCAGUAUAGGUACUGUUUGCUACAGUAUUCUACAGUAAUCAUGCCUAAGUUACUCUGGGGUUUCAUUUUCGUGAUCGUCACCGUUGGUUGCAUCGAUUUGGCUGAGUCACGGGCGGUGAAUAUCAGCAACACGUGGACGCUACCGCAGGAAGGAUUCUCCGUGUUCUACCGUUACUUUCGUGACAAAAUCUCCUGGUUCGAGGCAGAUGCCGUCUGUCAGUUUCAUCAUGCUAAUCUAGUCACCGUUGACAAUGGAAUGCAAUUUGAUGCAACACGUGCCUUUCUUAAGGAGCUUGACGUAACUAGCGCAGUAUGGAUCGGCCUGAUGCGCCCGGAAAACUCGGCACGCUUCAUUUGGACAAGCUCUAAAACGUUGGAUCCUUCGAGUGGUUAUUGGGCGGAAACAAUACCGGCAAUGGAACAACCACUGUGCGCCGUAGUAGAUCCGGUACGCGAUUUCCGUUGGCAUGCUUUCCGUUGCGGUGGCCCUGAAACCGCCGCAUUCCUUUGUGAACUUCCCGUGCCAACGUGGGCGGUGGACUGUACCAUUACGUCGAUUCCAUCACUGACGGUGCAAUACAUGUCCGAUAGCGGUACUGUGCAGCUUUCACGGGAUUGUGGAGAAUCCGGCACCAAACAUGUUACCUGCCAGGGCAAACAGGACCGGGACAGCAUCAUCGAGCAGCUGCAGUGCAGCGACGAAGAGGAUUUGGCAUCGGUACUAGCUGUAGAUAACAACAAUCAGCUUCUGUUAACGGUUGGCGCUAAUACUGCGGGAACAGCAAGCUCAACUAGACGUCCACAGCAGCAGCCAAUAUUGGAGCACGAUAUUUUGACAGUUGUGUCCAGCAACGACGAGGAAAGUAACAACAAGAUUGAGGUUAAUCCGAAUCAAAUUGAGGACACCGUAAAGAACGUGAUCAACAAGUUUAAUCUGCAAGAUCUGAUGCGUAGUGAGCACGUAGCUCUACACAGUGAUGAGCUAGACGGUGUGAUCCACAAUGCGGAAAGUCAACGGAAGCCUAACUACAUCAAGAAAUAUUCACCGCUGUACGAGAAGAAACCUCACUACACGAAGAAGAAUUCCAACAGGUCGGAUCGAAACGAUAGUGGUGAUGAGGAGGAUGAAGACGACGAACCGAUGCAGGGCGAUCAACCGGUACAGGAUGAAACGGAAACACAACCGAUUGACAUUAUACAGCAGGCAGUCAAACCAACGGCAGAUGGAGAUUAUGCGGAUCCCGCAGUUGUAGUAGGUGCGGCAAAGAUGCUUAAUGAGAAAUGUAGCAAAGAAGGUUCGUGCACUAACAGCGAUAUGACUACAGAGAUGGUAACUACACCGGAUUCACGCUUGCGUCGUGGAACUGACUCGGACAGAGAUGAGGUAACUACGUUAAAAACAACCGACCCAGUGCCGAUUACUAUUAUGUCAGAUACAACGGAAACAACGGCUAUUUCAACGACAAUUUCCACUCCAACCGAGUUUUCCUCCGUAACGCCCACAACGACGACAACGGGCGUACCAAGAACUCUGCUAACCACAAGAACAACUGUGGCGAGUCACAUCUUGCCAACGACACCGAAAAAGGAAGUCAUUACCGGAGAUCACUUUAUACCGCCAAUGUUACUCGUGAAGGCACGCUUCAUAUCCGCACGUCCUCAAACUGAGGCUCCACCAACUACGUUGCUUCCAAAAGUGUCGUCUACCAACAUUCCAGCGGAAUCCGGAGUUACUGAUUCUUCUUCCACUGCAUCUCCAACAUCAGAUGCAGUUCUGCCGGAAGAUCAUGGAAAGAGUGAUUCAUUCCCGAUUGUAGAAUCAACUUCUAGCGAUAGUGUUAUCGAUAAUUUGCAGGAUGAGGUAUCAUCUCCUCCAUCCAUUGUCCAAAAUCACAACCAAUCUCAACAAUCCGAGCAACCUGAAACAUUUACCACCACGACACAACCGUUACAGGUUGACGUGACGACACCUGCGCAUCUUCCAAUAAAUCACAAUAAUAACCCACUUCAAGCCGCUUCGCUGGUGUCUACUAUUCAGCUGACACAGUAUUCCGAUUUUAUCACCACUACCACCACACCAGAACAGGAUACUACCGUGCAUUCAUCGGUAUCCACUCAGGUAUCAACUGCUGUACCGAUCACUACGAUUCUGGAAGAGCUGGGUUACUCUACCAACACUUCGGAGACUGAAGAAAAAGGUAGCAAUAAAGCAAGUACUCACUUACCUUCAUUGACAACGGAACAAAACGCAUUGCACGAGCAGCAGACGACAUUGUCAUUGCUCAACGAAAAGACCGAACUUCCGGAGGUAACCGGUUCGAUGAGAGAUAUUACUUCCAUAAAUCAGAAGACUACAGUCGCGAAUGAGGAAACAAGCUUCCGAGAAACUGAUGAUGAGCAUACGCACGAAGAGCAUGAAGAUUACGAUGAGCAAAAGCACUCAGAAUUGCACAACAGUUUUUCCAAUGUGGAAAAUUAUCAACCGUACAAACCGAACCGUCACCGCACGCUUACUAAACCUGAGGUACAUAAUAACCAUGGAGCGUACAUCAAGAAAAUCCUUGGUUAAAGAUGGUAGUUUGUGUCGGGUUAAACCUUCCAGUUUAACGUAUGAAUUAUGGCUUCUUCAUCCAUUAUGGCAGCAUCGUUAGCAUAAGGAAGAUGGGAAGUAAUAAGGUUUUCAAAAUAUUUUGAAAUUUUGCCAAGGGUAAAAUUUGAAAGCAAAUGAACCGACCGAGCGAAGGAAGUUUGCUGGAAGCAACUGACUUCAGUUUUACAGCAGAAUGAUUUACCGUAUCUUGGAACUUCAUAACGUCGUAUGAACGUCAUCCGAGUUGAGAUUUGCUUAAUAUCAAUACUACCUGCAUUCAGUUGCCGCUCUAUAUUGAUUAUUUCAUCUCUAUCAUUACAAGAUAGUAAUAGGUAAAUGUCAAGUAUAAAGUAGUUGUAGUUCGGUAACUAGAUUAAAAUCGUACUGAAGAGGAUCGUCAACAGAUUUACCAACCCAACAAUUAUAAGGCACAAAGAAUUGUCUGCAAUCAUUCGAGAAAUUACAGCAAGAGAGAUACAACCGUUCAGUAGAAUUCCAAUAAUUAGACAACACAUCAAUCGCAGAACCUAUGCUUUUGUUAGAAAAAAAUUCUUAACUUCAUAACAACGCACUGUGCUAAACAUUUUUAAAAGUUGAAAAAUUUGAAAUAAACGUUUGUAAAACCAAGUUGCACGAAGAAAAUAGACAGCUACGAAUAGGUGUCUUAACAACAGUUAAACGUAUCGUCCGGACUGAUGCAGUCCGUACGAAUGGGUGUACAAUGUUUCACAAAAAAAGGAUAAGAAACAGAAUGGGGUUGAAAAUUAGGGAUUAAUUUUAGGGACAAGUCGCUAAACAGAAACAACAUCAAGAGAAGAGUUUGUCUGGUACCGAAUAUGCGAGAGAGAUAUUGCACUUACUCGCCUGGUCUGUGGCCAAUAUGUUAAAGAUUGUUGCUUCGUUUAAAUGAAAACAAAAAAAUGUAAUACGACUUUUAAAUGUUUGUACUAAGUGUAAGUGAACUUACAUUGAUUUGAAUAUAAAACAGAAAUAAGAUUGAACGCUAUUCGUGAACAUUCAUGUGCUGCAUACCUGGGUGGUAUAACCGUCUGUGCUAACUGUCGCGAACGGAACCUUAAACAUUGAACUUCGUUUGAACAGCAGUCAACGAGGCCGGCAGCAUUCUUGAAGGUGAAGCGACAGACAAAUCUGAUCCACGGCAAUGUAUAAAGAUGAAAACAAUGAUCCUUCCAAACUAACGAUAAACGAAAUGCAGAUCAUAUCAGCGCUUACGGGAGCUGUUUACUUUACCCUACUGUCAUUCCACACACGAACACACCGUCACCAAACAUACCACUCGCAGUUUAAGAAAGUAAAAAUAAAUAAUAAUGCAGCUAGUUUCGGACAGUUUGAACUAUGCUAGCAAACAGGCAGUUUUAUUACAAAUAAAGUUUUGAACUCAAA